GUGGAAAGCUGAUUUUGUACAGCUAAAUCGUAAAUAAACAAACUUAAGACGGCUAGCCGUAUUUGCAUACGUAAGUUAUAUACUAAUCCACUGAGAUAUAGUAGCCUUUCACUCAUGGAAAGGCAAGCAAAUAUCGCACCCGAGCGCAAUUCGAGCGACGAGGAGGAAAAGGAAAAAAAGGAUGCCGUCCCAUCGACAUCAACAGUGACUGCAGCAACUGGUUCCAGCGGUACUGAGAGCGAAGAUGUAACCAUGGAUAUGAUUCGUAGAUUUUUUACGCAGACCUUAGGAUUUGGAGGAAGCAGUUCGGCCAAAGGCGAGAAUGGGGUUCCAGUUGAUAAGGUAAUACCAGAUUUGACGUUUGAGGGACUGACAUCGCACUGGCGUGAACACGGCUUUAAAAAAAUAGUUACUAUGGUGGGCGCAGGCAUAUCCACUUCGGCUGGUAUUCCUGACUUUCGUUCCCCCGGUUCGGGGCUAUAUAAUAACCUAAAGAAAUACAAGUUACCACAUCCUACGGCAAUAUUUGACUUGGAUUACUUUGAAAAGAACCCGAAGCCCUUCUUUGCGCUGGCCAAGGAGCUGUAUCCCGGUUCCUUUGUGCCGACGCUAGCGCACUAUUUUGUGCGUCUGCUUCACGAUAAAGGUCUCUUGUUGCGGCAUUACACGCAAAACAUUGAUACGCUAGACAGGCUGACUGGCUUGCCGGAGCAGAAGAUCAUCGAAGCGCACGGUAGCUUUUACACCAACCAUUGUACAAAGUGCCGCAAGGCAUACGACAUGGCCUGGAUGAAAGAACAGAUUUUCUCGGAUCAGCUGCCAACAUGUGAACAGUGCCAAGGCGUCGUGAAACCAGAUAUUGUUUUCUUCGGCGAAAGCUUGCCUGCUGAUUUUUACACUUGCCCCGAGACAGACUUUAAGGAUUGUGAUCUGCUUAUCAUAAUGGGCACCUCACUAGAAGUCCAUCCUUUUGCUUCGCUGGUGCAACGGGCCGGACCGCGUUGCGUACGUUUGCUUAUCAAUCGGGACUCAGUAGGGCAGGCUAGUUUAGUGCCCUGGAUGGGUCCUGAUGAUUGCUCACUGCUCUAUAAUAAGCCGAACAACACACGGGAUGUGGCGUAUCUUGGUGAUUGCGACUCUGGAGUCGAGGAACUGAGUAAAGCCCUAGGGUGGUAUGAUGAGUUGCAUCAGCUCGUUAAUGAAGAGCGGAAGCGUUUAAAACUCGAGGAAGAAAAGCAGUCACAUGUAAAAAAGCCUGCGCAAGGCAAGCAGGAAAAGAAGACAUCUAAGUAAUAAGCAGCCGCCAAUCUGUAGAAAAAAUGGCUUUUUGGUUUUUAUGUGCAAUAGCAAAAUUAAUUUUAUUAUAAUACAGAUAGAUAUAUAACAGCAACUUCAAAUAUAUAUGCCUACAUAUAUAUUUAUUUAUAAGUAGAUGCUGAGGAUGGUUCUAGUUUAAAUUAAUGUGUAACUAUUAAAAGAAUAAAUUGGUGUCCCUUGGAA